AUGAGCACUCCGCACGACACCGAGUUAGAUCAGGAGCCCAUCGCUGGUUCCGAGGAUCUUGCGGCUUCGAGUCCCGAGUCAUCGGUCGCGACCGAGCCUGCCAGCUUGUGGGCUGAUGUUCGUGACGCGAUCCGCGGCGUGCAGCGCGAUUACACCCAGGGUAGCAUCCCGCGGGCGGUGAUCCUGCUGUCGGUGCCGAUGGUGCUGGAGAUGGUGAUGGAGUCGGUCUUCGGCCUGGUGGACGUGUUCUUCGUCGCCCGGUUGGGAGCCUCCGCAGUAGCGGCGGUGGCCUUGACCGAGUCGAUGUUGACGAUUGUCUUUUCGGUCGCCAUCGGUUUGUCUGCGGCGACUACCGCGAUGGUGGCGCGGCGCAUCGGUGAGAAGCGAAUCGGCGACGCCGGCCGCGCCGCGGUACAGGCUUUGCUGCUCGGCUUGCUGGCGGCGAUCGUGACCGGGGUGAUCGGAGUCUUGAUGGCGCCCCGGCUGCUGGCGCUGAUGGGUGCCGAGGCCGAUGUCAUCGAAGGAGGUUCGACCUACACCACCAUCGUGCUCGGCAGCUCGCUGGUGAUUUAUUACCUGUUUCUGAUCAACGCAGUGUUCCGCGGUGCUGGCGACGCGGCCUUCGCGAUGCGCGCUCUGUGGCUGGCCAACGGCAUCAACAUCGUCCUCGAUCCCUGCCUGAUCUUCGGUCUCGGGCCAUUUCCCGAGCUUGGGCUCACCGGUGCCGCCAUCGCCACUGCUAUCGGCCGUGGUUGUGGUGUGCUCUACCAGCUCUGGGUGCUGAGCUCGGGGCGCGCCCGAUUCACCAUCGGCUGGCCCCAGUUGAAACUCGAUUUGCCGAUCGCCGCGCGGCUGAUGCGGGUUUCUUCGACCGGCAUUUUGCAGUUCCUGGUGGCGACUUCGAGUUGGGUGGGCAUGGUGAAGAUCCUGUCGACCUUCGGCAGCUCGGUGUUGGCGGGCUACGCUAUCGCCAUCCGGCUGGUGGUGGUGGCGAUCUUGCCUUCCUGGGGCAUGUGCAACGCCGCUGCGACCUUGGUGGGCCAGAACCUGGGCGCCGGCCGGCCGCAGCGAGCCGAGCGUUCAGUGUGGCUGACCGGGUUCUACAACUUGUGCUUUCUCGGCCUGGUUGGGGUGGUGUUCGUGAUCUUCGCCCGACCCUUGGUCGGCCUAUUUACCGACGAUCCCGAGGUGCUGCGUUAUGGCACACAGUGCCUCCGCUGGGUGAGCUUCGGCUAUUUGUUCUACGCCUACGGGAUGGUGAUGCCGCAGGCUUUCAACGGUGCCGGUGACACCGUGACCCCGACCUACAUCAACCUGCUGUGCUUUUGGUUGGUGCAGAUACCGUUGGCUUACUUCUUAGCCUUGCGCUGGGGCUUCGGUCCACUGGGGGUGUUCGCGGCCAUCCCGAUUGCCGAGGCUCUGAUGGCGGUGGUGGCGAUCUUGGCCUUCCGCCGCGGUAAGUGGAAGACGCAGGUGAUUUAG